AUGUCCGAAGCGGAACAAACCUCAAGUGAAAUCGAGGAAAUUGAAAUUCCAGAGCCCGAUGAAAGUAGACGUCCUCCCCCAUUGAAUUUCAGCGAAAGCGAUGAAUCGAGCUUGUUUAACAAAACGGAAGAUACGACGCAUGUUAGUGAUCAGAGCACGUUUGAAAUCGAUAAAGAGAAUAAAGUUGGUUCUGGACCGUCAAGAGCAGCAAGAUUAGCGGAGAUUGCCGAAGAAGCUGAUUAUCAUAUCGAGAAAACUGCUUGGAAAUACCGCUCAAUCAAAGAAAUCCUCAACGAUCCCUAA